AGCAAGCUGAAAAAGCUAAGUGAAGACAGCUUAACUAAGCAGCCUGAAGAAGUCUUUGAUGUUUUAGAGAAGCUUGGUGAAGGAUCUUAUGGUAGUGUGUUUAAAGCAAUACACAAGGAAUCUGGACAAGUAGUGGCAAUUAAACAAGUCCCUGUUGAGUCAGAUCUUCAGGAAAUAAUUAAAGAAAUUUCUAUAAUGCAGCAAUGUGACAGUCCCUAUGUUGUCAAGUACUAUGGCAGCUACUUUAAGAACACAGAUCUAUGGAUUGUUAUGGAGUAUUGUGGAGCUGGCUCUGUCUCGGACAUAAUUAGAUUACGGAAUAAAACAAUUUGAAAAAACGAAAAGAAGGUACCAAUGUGAGAUUUCUAAAGAUAGCUA